GCCGGGAACACAAUGACACAAAAUGCGUAGGGGUACGUCUCAUUUUGCUUUAAAGUCUAACAUUAUGCUCCUCUCGUUUGUAUUUUGUCCCAUUCACAUCGUGCGUUAAUUGAGGAUUUAAAUAGUAAAAAGCUUUGCACAUGUUUGGAUAUGCAUGAGGGAACGCACGGCCAUUACAUUACGUUGUACGUACAAUAAAAAAAAGAGCACACGAGCUUGGACAACCAGUACGUACCUCAGCCCGCUUGGUGCUUGUUUGGUUAACUCCUGAAAACAUCGUCUUGGGAUCUUGGCCAGGAAGUCAGGGAGAUGUCGGCCAUUGUGAGUGCACAGUUACAGUCCGAUCAGUUGACGACGAUACAGACCUAGAAGUAUUUGCAAUAGAAUGUAUUUUAAGGGAUCUACCCGACGUUCCCCAAUACAGAUGUUCUCCACUACCGAUGUUUCCCCAAAUCCUUAGGAUUAGGGUUAGGGUUAGGGUUAUAUUGGUAGGGAUUUCGGGGAACAUCGGUAUUGGGGAAUACAGAGGCAGAGAGUCAUGGCUAGCUCAGCAGGUGGAUCUGAUGGCCGUGCUAGAUGGUUUGCUUUGCUGGCUAUGUGGACCAGGCUUUUCAUCUGGUCUGCAAUCUUUAAAACCAUCGGCAUGAUGCUUCCCUUGUUACAAGACCAGUUUAAUACCACCGCGUGGAUCUUGGGCUGGAUAACGUCCACCAUAGGCACUGCCAGCGGAUUAUUUGCUCCGACCCACUCAUACCAAGACCAACUCUUCCCAAACCAAUCUUCAUCCUCUGCAGCAAUCACCUCGAGGCUGAUGGGUAGAUGGCUCGGUCCCGGCUACGUCAUCAUGACGUGUGGUGCAAUGAUUGGUGUUUCGGUCAUCACGGCGUCGUUUGCCACCUCGCCUGUUCACCUAACUUGUGCAUUCAUUCUACCCCUGGGUAUAGGAUUUGGGAUUUCCGGUGUGCUUAUAAAAGAGGCCAUCGCCCGCUGCUUCACUACGAACUACGCCACGGCCACUGGCAUUGCACGUACAGGUGAUUCCAUCGGACUGUUGAUGUGUGCACCCAUCGUCCAGGUAUUCAUCGAUACGUAUGGAUGGAGAGGAGCCAUGCUUCUGGUGGGUGCCAUCUCUAUGCAUCUUUUGGUGUGUGGCGCCCUCAUGCUGCGAGCAGGAGCACCUUCAGCAAGCAGAUACCAGAAGCUUCCAGCAGACGAUGGGAUAUCAGAACAUCCAAGUCAACUUCCCUCUCGCUGUACCGCAUUUUACAAGAACCUAUUGCAGAUCUUCGAUAUUCGACUUCUCUCUGAUUUCCGCUACUGGUCGGUGGCCAUCAUAUCCUGCUGCACAAAGUAUGCCUUUGAAAUGUGGGUCAUUUACUUCGUUUCACAAGCUCAGUCAAAUGGCUUUUCCUUACAAGAUGCGGCAACAUUUGUAACAGUUGGCGGCGUUGGAGGUUUAAUUGCAAAACUGGUUCAGGGAUUCUUUCUCGACCGAGGGGUGAUAUCAAGUUUCCAUCUGACGGCCAUCGCUGUCGCGAUUUGUUCGGCGUCAUACUGUGCAACUCCCUGGCUGACGUCAUAUUGGCCAAUGAUGACGUCAUCACUCCUUAUCCUGACAAGCUCUGGCGCCCUCAGCUGUCUUCAGGACGUUCUCAGUAAGCAGGUACUCGGUGUGGAUUUGCUGGUCGGAACUUUUGGUUGGACAUCUUUUACGGGUGCCAUCUUGGUAUUCUCUCUGGGCUAUUUACCCGGUUGGCUGUUCGACACCACAGGCAGUUACACCACAGCGUUUGUUUUCAUAGGCUCCAUGCAAUUCCUUCCGAUGUUUCCUCUUCUCAUUCUGAGGUAUUAUCGAUGUUUUGAAGCAGACGCACAGGGUCAACUUCAAUGAAGCUCCAAGUACAUCUUGUGUUGAUUGCUAAUUUUUGAUAUCUGAAAAUUAUUGUAAAUACAUGUAAUUUUACAGGAGCAAGACGUGCUUCUCUCAUAUUGGUCGCACAUUACAUCUGGUUUACUCAGGAAUAUGUACAUCUCAAUAGAGGGCGCAUUGUAGAAAACAUCUUCUUAGAAUAUCUGUUAAUAUUAAGUAAGUAACAUAAGUUUGAGCCUAACAUGUUUAUCUGAGAAUUGAGAGCCUUUUGGCUAGAGAGUCCAGCUCGAUAAUGAUAGCCUGUCAUUGGUGCCCGCUUUAUGAAGACUUUUGGGGCGUGUUUUAGCCAAUGAGGGCAUAGGAUUCUGCUGAGUGUAGUCAUACGUGUAUAGUUUAUGGAGGAAAUCCAUACGGAGGAUUUGUACAUACUUUCAGUCCCUGAUGACAUUCUAGCCAUGGACGUCGCCAGGAUUUUUCUAGGGGGGGGGGGCGGCAAAGCACAUUAUAUCCCAAAAUCCUUGUACUUUCUCUAGCAUAACUAUUCUCAAUUUAUCAUUUUGUCGAGGUUGGGCCGGGAGGGGACAUUUGCCGCGGACGCCCACGUUGUUAAUGUAAAUUACUUUGCAUCUCAUUUUCUUUUUCUUCCCUUUUUCUUUUUUGUCUCCUUUUUUUUCCUGGGGGGAGCCAUGCGCCUCGCUUGCCCCGUAGAACCUUUUGACGUUCUUUGUUAACAUGUUUGAUUGUCAGAUUCUACUUGCGCAGCAGGAAAAUAAUUUCAGCCUUUCAAAUCAACGAUAUCUCUGGUUUGCAAUGGUAGAUUUUCUUGAUAUUUUCACCAAUUAUAAACAAGACCAUAGGCUUUAAAAUAAUAUGAAAUUUGAUUAGCUAAUCUGACUAACUUUUGAGAAAAUCAGCGAUUUUUGUUUCACGCACAAUGUUUAUUGGGACACCCUGUAAUAGUCGAGCCUUAAUGCAUGUGGAGUAAAGGUUAAAGCAGUUCAAGCAAUUUAAUGAUCAAGCAAUUCGCGCCAAUUUCACUCCCAAAUGUCACGAUUGGUAAACAUGGCAACUGACGGUAAAGUGGCAUAAGCUGAUGAAACGUCGAGUUGGUGCAUUCUAAGACCAUGAAGAAAGUAUUCUUAGGCCUUCCGCUGCUCGGGUCGAAAAUCUUCGAGGACUAAUUCAUCCGCUGCAGAAUUCAAGCAACACGACAGGUCUUCGGAUGACAAACGACGCUGAAUCCCCACCAUUUGUUUUUUCGUACAUUCACAAGUAAUGGUGCAAAGUAACUUCAUAUAAUAAUUUAAUGACGUCGUGAUUAACCAAGGUGUUAAAAGAUCCAAUCCACAUAUUAGCCCGGUCGCAUUACACUAUCUAUAUUCGCAUAUACGAGGUCGUGCGCUAGAAAUAUAGCGCAAAAUUAAGAAAAACAUACUAGCUCUCGCAGACGCGAAAGCUUAGCCUAUGUAUUGAAACUAUGACUUGAAACUGACACUGAUCUCCGUUAAAUAAAGAAUUGUGAUCCAAGUAACACACUUGCAAUGUUUUAAUAAUAUAAAACGUACUCAAAAGUUUAUGUAAAAAGCAAAAAGAAAAUCUAUCACACGUUAAAAAACACAUUUAUUUAAGGUUCCUGACGCACUGUCGUCUGCUGCACUCGCAUGUGGUCUUGAAUUCUAAACAGUAUAGCUUAUACUACAGGCAUGUAAAUCGAAGCAAGUCACCAGACGAAUUGUUCGAGGACAAUGUGCUUCAAAAACACCUUCCCACCUCAUAAAAAUGAUAGAUUUUUCAGCCGUUGUUUGUGUAUUUAUUUGAAGUUGUUUGACGCUUGAAUGAUUUUUACUGCAAUUUGUUCGAGCUCAAACCGUGAAUUGACCGGACUGUUCAUAAGGCAGAAAUUGGACAGCUGAAAAUGGCCAAAAUACAAAUAUGCCAGACCAGUAUAAACUAAGCAUUUAUUGAUUCGUAUUAGCAUAAUCCUAUACACCACAAUUGGCUGAGGCAACGAACACCAUACUUUAUUUUCACAAGUUAGCCGUGUGCUGUUGGAUUAACAGCAAGUAUCGUUUGAGUCACUGAACUCAAGUCUGAUGAUUUAUUUUGUCGAAUGCAAAUUAUCGACAUAUUGAAUGUAUCUUUUGAGUUUACUUCUAAUCAGUGUAACAAUUAAAACUCACAUAUUAAAACUAUACUUAAAACUUGUGCAACAAUCUUUCAUGGAUUCAGUAUUUUUCAUCUUCUAAAACAAGGAGUUUUACUCCUAAUAUAAAAUUUAUUUUCAUUUUAUUCAUAUUAAAAAGUUGUUUCAAGG